AUGCCUGAUGAUAAGGAUGCUACACUGCAAAGAAUUCUCGAUACCCUUGGAAUGACGGAGCAAGCUGGCAGGCAAAUAACACCUCCGAAUAAUGCCACCAUGAAGCCUCCAAGUAUGGUCAAGAAUGAGGGCUUCGGGGACAGGAACUUGGACCAACAACGUGCUACCAGUCUGCCCGUAACUGAGCAGGGUCACUGUUUACCAGAUUCAAACAUGUCGUCAAUUCCACGACAUAUUAACUCUUCAAUCGUUGCACUCGAAGGUGAUCAGUCAGUCUUGACAGAAGACAGUCCAGGCAGUAUACUCAACUCCUGGAUUUUUGACCUGGACUUCGGUACGCACAUUACACCCUCUGCAUCCGACAUGCAACAACAAAAACAACAACAACAACAACCCAUCUUGGGAUCCUCGCCGAAUGAUAAACUUGCUAUGCCACCAACGGGCCAGGUAGGAUCCGUUGAACCUGUUUAUACCGAAAGUGGCUCUACCCUUUUCAAGGAACCGACCACCACAUCCGAUAUUGAAGGCCUGGUUGAUGAAAUCUCCGACCGAGUUGGUACCUUAAAAAUUGGCCCCGGAGGAAAGACACGCCUUUACGGCCCGACAUCCACGUUCGGUUUGACGGAAAUGCCAUUCUUAGAUAGUUAUGAAGCCCAUCGGCCAAGGCAGAUCUAUCAUUCUGGGUCGGAGGAAGGAACUCCUACGGUUCUAGAAGAUCAUCUUCUCAAUCUUUAUUUCAGCUGGCAGGACCCGUCAUUCCAUGUCGUUGAUCGAGAUAUCUAUGAAGAAGCAAAAGAAAAGUGGGGCAACCUGGAAGAAACUCCUUACUAUUCAGAGGCACUGCGGUAUGCAAUGUGUGCGCUUGGUAGCGCUUUUGAAUCUCGAUACCAUCCCACUUUUAUCACUUUCCCGAAGACGCUCGUAGAGUUCUUUGCCGACCGUGCGAAGUCAAUACUUGAAACGGAAUUAGAUUCCCCUUGUGUCGCAACCAUUCAAGCAAUGGUCAUCCUGAGCAGCCAUGAGAUUGGAAACGGAAAAGAUGCGAGAGGGUGGCUAUACAGCGGAUCGGCAUUGAGGCUGGCAUUCGAUCUUGCUUUGCACCUUGACAUGUCUAGCUACGUGUCCGCAGGGAUCAUCUCACCGGGCGAUGCAGACCUUCGCAGGACUGUCUUCUGGACUGCAUACGUUGUUGACCAGUUUGUCAUCCCCUUCCCACCUACAUGCACUUUGAGCAGACCUUUUCGCACCAGCAUGGAGGAUGUGACAAUUGGAAAGCCCCAACAAUAUACAGGUCCCAGAGGGCAGUGCCGAUGGACACCCUACGAGCCAUCGUCUUCUGUCAGCCACGACUCUGGCUUGCUGGACAACGAAGACGCAAUCAGCCAACAACUAGUUUCCCUCUGUGAGCUGAUGGCUUCAUGCGGAUACGGUACAUCCAGUAUCUCAAAAGAGAUUCUUCAAGAGCUCAAUGCCAAAAUUGUCGCCGAGCUCCACAAGUGGAAAGCUACCCUUCCGCUCAUUUUACAGAUUAAUCUUGACGACUUCACCUCGCCAUACCUUCCGCAUGUGCUGCUUCUCCAAGCCAUGGAUGAAUUCACUCUUUCUUGGAAAAGCGCCCAGAGGGCAAAAGACCUUCUACUCGAUUUACAGCGUCAAUGGGAUCUACGGACGCGGUCCAAUAACCUGACACAUCCGGCUGACGGGGUAUUGUAUACCCCGCGGAAACGUUCGAAGACUUCUAGCGGACUUUAUCGGAUGGUGCCUGUUUCCCAUGAUCUGGCUUUGCAGGUAAAUCUUGAUUUGGAUUGUAUGCUUAGGACAGAGGUGGAAGCUCUUUCUGGAAGCUAUCGUCAGGAUAACUUUGAUAUGGCCCAUGAUACUGGUGGUUUGGAUGGUCACAGCAGUGGAAACAGUGGUGACGUCGGUGAUAACCCCGAAGAUCAAGAAAAGCGAGCUCCACGGGAAUUCUGGAAUCAUCGCCAGAUUCUUGCAUGGGAACCGGAGCGAUGCAUGCAGACUCAGUUAAGCAUCCAGAAGACCCCGGAGAGCCGCCGCCAACAGCGACAGGAAGAAGUAAGCCGUGAUACAGGAGAAGAUACGCCAGACCAGCCAAGCGCGACCUUCAACGGCGGGUGGUCGUCAGGCUUCAUCUGA